AGGACUACAAUGCUGACUUUACCGUUUGAAGAGCCGGUGAUGAUGGACACCCAGUUCGUGGCAAACUUUCCGCGUGACUGCGUGGGUGAGGUGAAGGUCACCAAACACGACGCCUUCAGAAAGGAAGAGCCGCUCUCACACACGGACCUUAAGGCGAUGGACGACGACGAGUCGGAGAAGGACGAGGACGAGAGGGACGAGGGCCCAGACGAGCAGGACGCGCCACGGCGGCGAGGGCCGCGCAAAAAGAAGCUGACCAAAGAGCGGAUCGACCGCGUGAAGCUGCGGCGCAUGGAGGCCAACGCGCGCGAGAGGAACCGCAUGCACGGCCUCAACAACGCGCUGGACAGCCUGCGCAAAGUGGUGCCGUGCUACUCAAAAACGCAGAAACUGUCCAAGAUCGAGACGCUGCGCCUCGCCAAGAACUACAUCUGGGCCCUUUCGGAGAUCCUGAGCACGGGUAAGAGGCCUGACCUUUUGAACUUCGUACAGACGUUGUGCAAGGGCCUUUCCCAGCCCACUACCAACCUGGUGGCAGGAUGCCUGCAGCUAAACGCCCGCAGCUUCAUUGCCGAUCACGGUGCCGAGGCGUCCUUCUCAGCCAGAUCGCCGUAUGACGCAGUGUACCCGGCCUACCACGACGACCUGGCAGCUACCGGGCACGGCGGAAGUGGUGGCAGUGGCGGGGCGGACGGUGUUAAACCCUUCAGGCCGUACGGCUACUGUGGCACCUACGAGUCUUUCUACGAGUCGGCGUCUCCUGAGUGCGCGAGCCCGCAGUUUGACGGACCUCUUAGUCCGCCGCUGAACUUCAACGGGAUUUUCUCGCUCAAACACGAGGAGCCGGGUGACUAUGGGAAGAGCUGCCAUUACGGUAUGCGCUACUGCGCUGUACCGGCUCGCUCCUCCAUCAGCCAGAGCGCGGUGGCGCGCGCCUCCUCCGACCUGCACUUCCCCUACGACCUCCAUCUGCGCGGCCAGUUUUACCCCGCACAGGACGAACUGAACGCCACUUUUCAUAAUUAG